GGCUAUAAUUAAGAUUGUCGCAUUGAGUAGGUAAAGGCACCGGAGGAGUGUUUUAGUUAGCACAAUGCGGAGCUCGCGUGGAGUCGCCCUGAACAGAGCACUUUUGGUAACUCUUAGCUUGCUUCAAUUAGCAAGAGGGAGGCCAGAAGUGGACUCUAGGGCGAGCAAUUAUACCUUCCCGGAGGAUUUCAUAUUCGGAGUGUCGACGGCCGCGUUUCAAAUUGAAGGGGGAUGGAAUGAAGGAGGCAAAGGCGAAGGUAUAUGGGACACAUACAUCCACAAGCAUCCUAAUUACACUGCAGACCACUUAAACGGCGAUGUGGCAGCCGACUCCUAUCAUCUCUGGAGGGAUGACAUAGAAAUGAUCAAAAGCAUCGAUAUUCAUUACUACAGACUGUCAAUUUCAUGGCCCAGGUUGCUCCCAAACGGUACGGACAACAACAUAAGUCACGAUGGUGCAUCGUACUACCGUACAUUGUUUGAAGAGCUACUAAAAGUCAACAUCACUCCCGUAGUUACGUUGUACCACUGGGACAUGCCCACACCUCUAAUGGACCUGGGUGGUUGGACCAAUCCCAAAAUCAUUGACUAUUUCGAGGACUAUGCGAGGGUCGUAUUCAAUCUGUACGGGGACUUAAUUCAAAUGUGGACAACUAUAAACGAGCCUCAUCAACAGUGUUAUAACGGUUACGGCCGUGAUUACUUCGUACCAGCGUUGAUGUCACAUGGAGUUGGCGAGUACCUAUGUACCCACUACACCUUACUUGCACACGCCCGAGUCUACCGCUUAUACGAAAGGGAAUUUAAACCUUAUCAAAAAGGAAAGGUGUCGAUAACGCUUGAUGCGUUUUGGGCUGAUCCGAAAGACCCGAACAAUCCUAAUGACGUGCAAGCUGCGAAGGACUAUCUUCAAAUGCAUCUGGACAUUUAUGCCCAUCCAAUCUAUUCGGAUGUUGGCGACUAUCCUAGUUUCGUUCGUGAAAGGGUUAACAAUAUGAGUCGACAACAAGGUUACUCGCGGUCACGUCUGCCAUAUUUCUCAGAUGAAGAGAUCAAAAUGCUUCAAGGAAGUGCCGAUUUCUACGCUCUGAACCACUACACAACAUUUUUGAUGAGUCAUUCAUCAAUGGAGCCUGGAUGGAUGGUGCCUUCUUUGGAUCACGAUACUGGUGUCAAAAUGGAACAGAAUGAAUCCUGGCCAAGACCUGGUGCUGACUGGCUUUCAGUAAACCCACCCGGCUUCAGAAAACUCCUGAACUAUUUAAAUGACAACUACCGUAUGGUAAGGGAAGAUAUCCCAAUCAUAAUUACAGAAAACGGAGUGUGUGACUGGGGUCAAACAGAAGAUUAUGAAAGAGUAUCUUAUUAUAAUGAAUACUUGUACCAAGUUCUGUUAGCAAUGUAUGAAGAUGGAUGCAACGUUAAAGGGUACUUCAGUUGGACACUUAUGGAUGACUUCGAAUGGCCUGAUGGUUAUACUACAAAAUUCGGCCUAUUCAAAGUAGAUUUCGACAGCCCAAAUAAGACGAGGACGCCAAAGUUAUCGGCGCAUAGUUUUAGCCACAUAGCGCGCACGCGCCGAAUCGACUUCGACUAUAUCAAGCCGCCCUCGAACUUAAAUAAACUAUUCGAAUAAAUCAAUUUGUUAAAUUAAUAAAUAUAGGUAGUUAUACUUUAACUUAUGCAAUAAAUUUAAGCCGCA